ACAAUGGCAGCAGCUCAACUCCCAGCGUCUGUGGAUCAGCACGCCUGCUCAGCGUGUCUGGUGGUCCUGCAGGAUCUCGUAGCUAUCCCAUGUGGUCACAGCUUCUGUAUGGCUUGUAUAAAUGUCUACUGGAAACAGUCUGGCACAGAGGGGAUUUACACCUGUCACCAGUGCAGGCAAACCUUUGCUAUGAAGCCUCCACUUAACAGGAACGUUGCUUUGGCUGAAGUUACGGCCACAUUAAAAGGAGUGCUGGUGAGUGAAGCUCCAUCUCAGAGUUAUGCAGGACCUGAUGUUGUGCCCUGUGAUGUGUGCACUGGCAGAAAACUGAGAGCAGAGAAGACCUGCAGCUCCUGCAUGGCCUCCUACUGCGAGUCUCACCUGCAGCCACACAUGGAAUCUGAAGAUCUAAAGACGCACAAACUGGAGGAGCCGUCUGGAAGCUUCAAAGACAAGCUAUGCACAAAACACCAGAAAGUUCUGGAAAGCUUCUGCAGAACAGACGAGACCUGUGUCUGCUUACUGUGCGAGGAGGCUGAACAUAAUGGCCAUGAGAUGGUGACACCUGAUAUGGAGAGAGCUGUCAGACAGAGUCUACUGGAAAACAGGAAGGUUGAAAUGAAAAAGAGAAUCGAGGAGAAAGAGAAGAAAUUGGAGGAGAUGAAGGAGACGGUAGUGAGAAUUCAGAGCUCAGCAAAGAGAGAAGUGCAAGAACUUGAGGAGUCCUUCACGUCUCUCCUUCAGUCCAUUGAAAAGCUAAGGUCAGAGAUCAGCUCUUUGAUCACAGAUUAUGAGUGGAGGGAAGUGAGAAAGGCUCAAGAUUUCAUGGGACGACUGGAGAAGGAGAUCAAGGAACUGAAGAGGAGAGAAGCUGAACUGUCCGAGUUCUCAAAGACAGACAACCACAUCUAUUUCCUAAAGAGAUUCCCAUCAAUCUUUUCCAUCUCUGAAGAUGAAGAUGCACCCAACAUCGCCGUUAACAGUGACUUCCUUCCUGAUACUCUGAAGAAGGACCUAUCUGACCUGAAGAAGACUCUGGAGGAGAUCAGCGACUGGGAGUUUAUGCAGACCAGUGAGACCGGACUUAAUUAUCCAGGUCACAUUCUACAGUAUUUGAGAGGAAGAAAUUACUUUUUAAAAUACUCCCGUCCGCUAACCCUGGAUCUCAAUACAGUAAACAAGUGGCUUCACUUCUCGGAAGACAACAAAAUGGUGACAAACAAGAGGACAGUGACCCAGUACCCUGAUCAUCCUGACAGAUUUGACUGUCGGUCCCAAGUCCUGUGCGGAGAGGCUCUGAGUGGCACUCGCUGUUACUGGGAGGCUGAGUGGAGUGGAGAAGGGGCGACAGUUGGAGUUGCAUAUGAAGGAAUCAGCAGGAAAGGAUGGAAAUAUGAAUGUCUCCUUGGACGCAAUGACAUGUCCUGGAGUUUGUCCUGCUCCGAUUCCCAUUACUCUGUGUGGUACAAUAACAUGAAGACUGAAAUCUGUGCCCCCUGCAGUCACAGAAUUGGUGUGUAUCUAGACUGUCCUGCUGGCUCUCUGUCAUUUUAUAGUGUCUCGGACGCAAUGACCCUCCUGCACAGGUUCGAGACCUCCUUCACUGAGCCACUUUAUGCGGGGUUUGGAGUUGGAUGGCACUCCACUGUAACAAUCUGCCCUUUGAGCCCAUUUGAGCACUGACCAGUGGCAUAGGUCACUUCAUGUCACUCAUGACUGCUGAAUUUUGAGUGACCAUGAUGGAGUUCAUUCCUGACUUUUGACCAGAGAGUGGAUUCAUUUUAUAUGGGGUAUCUGUAAUAUGAAAGAUUGAACAGUAAAGUGGUAUGUGACCCCCUUAUGCAACAUGGAGCGAUUUCAAAGUUUCAAUACUCUGAAGAUCACUAAAGACAUUUAACGCUCUCCGCAAGGGAUUUUAGACUUCAUUCCUCCAACAUGUUAGGAGCACUGACUGUUUCAUCAAUCCUCAUCGGACUUCAUAAAUGAUUUAUCUCUAACAUUUUAUUUUUCAUUCUCUCCCUUUUUCUAAUCAGUUUUCACUGCUUAUUUACUCCUUUACCCUUCAU